CAAGCUAAUAUGUAGCGGGGUUUCGGAUGGUCGGUUGCCAACGUCGUCCAUAGAUACACAGAUACAUAGAUAGACAGCGUGAUCCCCCCUCCCAGCUUAUCCCUUCCCUGUCGUCAACGCCGUCGUCGUGGCAGAGUCCACAGCUAGCCGAGAUGUUGUUCGGUCUGACACGCGCGAACAUGUCUAGUAUCGGGGCCGUGCCUGGUACCCCAUCCAAGAGAAGAGUUCACCAGCCCUCUCAUAGUAAUAGCCUGCCAUCGUCGUCCUCGAGGUCAGACGAGUCCUCGUUGUCCCACUCGACUACCUCGACAUCAGCAACGACAUGCAAUGCAAGCUCGGAAGCUGCCAUUUGUUCACCACUGGCUCGGCCUCCUACUCCUACCCCUCCUCGUCUCCCAAGACACGUUACUCGAAGCAACGAUAAACGCCCGAAAACAGCACCCCCAUCUGCUAUCGGUACCAGUCUGAGUAAGGGACUCAGCCCCGUCGAAGGUAGACCUAGUGAGCAACCUAUCGUGGUCUUCCGACGCUGGCGAGUAGGUAGUAAUCGAGGAUUUGUUGCAACGCGUGUCGCUCCACCAGCACACCCUCCGCCUGCUCGGCCUCUUCCAUACCCACCGGCUCAUAAUAACGAUCGUCGUCGACCAAGCUCCGGUGCAGCGCAUAGCGUCAGCGACACAGCACGGACGAAGGUUGCCGUUCAGCCGCCCACCAUGCCUCUCCUGCCUAUCUUGCCUUUAUUUCCGUCUCGGGACUCUUUCUCUUCCUCCCCUGCGUCACCUCCCAAACACUCCUUCAGCGAUACCAGCAUGCUCGCAGUCCCUCUUCUCCAUCCAUUCGCUGCCCAUCAAGGGUCUCCAUCCAAACGAGAACAGCCUCGACAGUCCAAUCAACCUGAUGCUGCCUCUUCUGGUCAAUCCUCGCUUCACAAACACAGGUCCAAGUUUGCUCUCCCGUUGAUAUCAGGACCAUCGCAUCCUCCUCCACCCGUUCCUUUCCCAGUUCAACAUACCCCAUUGUCCAGCAACCUGUUGACGUCCCCAUCCUGUGUCCAAGUCCCCUCAUCAUCAACCCCGCCUACCUCUCCCUUUUCAUCUCCACCCCGCUCCCUGCAGUGCCCGUCUGCGACACCGAGUUCGAGUCUAUUGCCGGCUUCACGCCAUUCCCAAGAUUCGCUCUCAGACGCUUCUCCUCUCACAGCUAUGUCCUGUGACCCACACAGUGUGCCUUUUCGACUUCGUGGCCCCCUUGGAUAUCCUCUGUUUGGCCUACCAGUCGCCGCCGCCGUGGAGAGCCAUCAGCCACCAUCAGUGGCGACUCGUCCGCGCCCGUCUUCGAUGCACGGCAAGCGAGCAAAGUCGGCCGUACGUAGUGCACAAUCUCCACGCUCAGCGCCCUUAUCCGAUGCGGAAGAUGAGGACCCACGUCAUCAGACAAUCGGUGUUGCGUCGACUAAACCGCUUCGCGCUGCUCCCGACGCGAGCUAUUCUCUGUGUAGUUCAUCUGUGCUCAAUCCCCACGGUGGCCUUGACUCCUCCCGACGUCGGCAUCAUCACUUCCGACAAGAGGCCGUGCCUUACCCACGCAAUUAUGAACGCUCGGUCUUGGAUCUGGAUGCCUGGGAUAACCUAUGGCUUCGACAAGCUUGUAAGAGCGUCACCUUCCACAAGUUCAAGGACGGUGAAUACCCGCAACGCGUACUCGACGUUGGGUGUGGGUCUGGUACAUGGGUCCUCGAAUGUGCAGCAGCUUGGAAGGAGAGCACAUUCGUCGGGCUCGACAUCGUACCCAUUCAACCCGAUCUUUCGCGCUUACCCGGGAGCCUCUCAGAACGAAUAUCUUGGGUUUACGCAAACUUGUACGCCCCCGCCUCUAUGGAGGCAUUAUCCCUGACCGCUCUUUUGGUAGCCUCGAACGUCUACCUUUUUCCAGUGAAGAGUUUGAUUUCGUUCAUAUCAAACGUAUCGCACGGGGCGUGCCUGAAGAUAUGUGGGAUAAUUUGCUUGAAGUACGUUUUCGUUACGUUUCCAUCACCACUGACUUCCUGACCGUAACCAGGAACUCGCGCGGGUGAUGAAACC